UCAAAUUACGCAUACAUUAUGAAAAGCUUGUUUUACUUUCGUCGGUUAACCUAAAUUUUAGAAUUAGUCUUUUAGCACCGGUAACGUAACCAUCUAUCGCAUUAUGUUCCUGGGUCGGGCCCUGAUCGGAUUCCCGAUUUUCAAGGCUAAGACGCGGUUGGAGCAGCGGCGCCGAAUGUCGGAGCAAAGGCUACCAUACCAUCGGAGACCAGUGCCGGUGGAGAUUCAGGAGCGGAAGGACUCGUGGACCGAUCUGAAGAGACCGCCCUUUCUGCUGGUGAAGAGUUUCCUGAACUUGCGCCACAUGGACCCCGACUAUGGGAUGGAUAUCACGCGAGUUACGGAUGAGCUAAGUUUCCAGCCACACCGCACUCUCUUCAUCAAUAUCAUGCGAAUGCCGCAUCGUAGCCUUUCGGAAACUUCGGAAAGCUUAGAAGAGAUGAUAGUUAAGAAUCCACUAGCUUCGGAUCCGGUUCCAGAGCCUUGAGUGUGGGUGUUGAGUUUAAUGAAAAAUAAUGUUUUUUUUUUUAAGUUUUUCAAAAUAAAUGUUUUU